ACUGUAACAACGGUUUUGGUGGCUGGAGGCCAUCUUGUCCUGACGGUUGGACAAUGUUCAGCACUCGUUGUCUCCUCUACGUUCCAAACAAUAAGACUUGGGCUCAAGCUGAGCAACACUGCAAGUCCAUGACUGGAAACCUUGCAUCUGUAAUCAACACUGAGUACUCUGACCAGAUUAAAAAGGUGAUGCAGAGUGCCGGUCAACAGUCUAAACAGAUAUGGGUUGGAGGCUACAAUACACCAGAGGUAUGUCCUUCUUGGUCCUGGAUCGAUCCUUGGUUUCACGGAUUUUAUCACUGGUGUACUGAGGAGCACAAGAACCACUGUCUACAACUAACCUUUGAAGAAAAUGCGUCCGGGUGCUUAGAUGACAUGCAGUGUGAUGCUGAGCUCCCCUCAGUCUGCAGCAUUGUCAUCAUGUGAAUCCUGGGCUGAUAAAGAG